AUGUAACUAUAUACAAUUAUAGAUUGGUUCUUCACGAUUGGAUCUCUUGUACUAGCCAUUCUAUUAGGAGUAUAUGUCAACGGAGCAGCCUGCCUUUUAGGAGUGUUCCUAUAUUUUAUCUACCCUUUCAUAAUGGAAUUCUCCUAUAAUCUCCUAAGCGUGAGAGAGGAAAUCUGCAUAAGAAACAUGCCUGAAAUACCUAUCGUAUAUGAUGAGAGUUAUAAUAUCACUGCGUGCGGAAUAGAAAAGUGGCAUCCCUUUGAUUCCUGCAAAUAUGGGAAUGUCUAUAGACAAAUUAGGCAAUAGGUAAAGGGUUCGCACUUUACUCCAAAAAUGCUAUCCAGAGGAACUUUCCUUUACCUCGGUAUGAGUAAGUGGUACUUGCUCAAAAUGUGUUACAGUGCAUAUGCUUCCACCUUAAUUGAAUUGCCUGUAUUCUUCUUGCCAGGAGCCUUCUUGAGAUCCUGUCUCUUGGAUUCAAUGCUUCUUGCAACAAGCGGUAGUAUUUAAGCAGCCAAACUAGCUCUUGAAAAGGGAUGGGCAAUCAAUCUAAGUGGAGGCUAUCAUCAUGCCUCUUUAAAUCGAGGUGGUGGAUUUUGUAUUUAUCCUGAUAUCACUUUGGUAGUUAACUACCUUAAGAGAUGUUGCAAUUUGAAGAAAAUAGUAAUAGUGGACUUGGAUGCUCAUCAGGGCAAUGGCUAUGAAAGAGAUUUCCUUAAUGACUCUUCAGUUUACAUCAUAGAUUUUUAUAACUCGUAUAUAUAUCCUGGGGAUCAUAUAGCUGAAUAAGCUAUUAGUUGUUUCGAACACAUAGACAAGGAUACUUCAGAUCAAUAAUACAUCAAAACACUUUAAAGAGAUCUUGAAACGCAUCUCAAAGAUGAUAUGGAAUUCCUUAUUUAUAAUGCAGGCACAGAUAUCAUGGCAGGAGAUCCCCUUGGGCAUUGUUGUAUUUCUGCAGCAGGAAUUAAAAGAAGAGAUGAAGUAGUAUUUAAAUGGGCAUAACAUAAAAAAAUUCCAUUCCUCAUGCUGCUAUCUGGGGGUUACUAAAAAGAAAACACUUUUGCAAUCGGAGAAUCUAUUCUGUAAUUAAUUACUUGA